UUUAAGUCGGAUAAGUUUUAACGUUGAAUUUUAAGCUCGCGAAUGGCCGUGGAGGUCCGUGUCUGACAGGGAUGUCCUCGUCGUGGACAGAUCGGCAGGGACAGGUUGGAGACCUGAGAAACCAGAGCAAAGAGGAGCUCCAGGAGCUGCUGCUCCGACAGGAAAAGAUCCUCUCCAACAAGAGGCUGUUGCAGACUCUUCCUGACAAAGGGAACAAGAUAAAAGACUUUGUGGGAAAAGUUCGUCUUGCCAUUGAACAGCGGCGUGAAGAGGAGCGGAGGCAGAGCUCGGUGUCUGCUACCAGAAGUGAGUUACAGUCCAAAUAUCAACGAGCGUUCCAGCACCGUGCCGUCUCCGACACGUCAGCAGAUUCGCAUCAAAACGAGCAGCGUGAUGAGGCUGGGGACGAGGCAAUGCAGGACAGGGAGGCCUCACCUGUCUCAGUGCUUGCGCAGGAAGACGCCGCUCUGGACACGCGGCAGGACAGGUGUGUCCCCGGCGCAGCUGAUGCUGAGACCAUGGAUACGGCUGCAGCUGGGGUCCCUCUGAGUGCCGAGGAGACAAAAGAUGAACUUUCGGAAGCCUUGGAAAGAGUCGCGCUAUCUGAAGCUGGCGUUGGUGAAUCCAAAGAUCAAACAGAUAACGAGGCUAAAGAUAAUUACUUUCUUCAAAAGCAGACACCAAAAAAGCCCCACUAUGUAUCUGUUCUGGAAAAAACUGAAACAUCCACCGCUCCCAGGAGGCAAAAAUUCAAACCCAAUCAACUGCCCCACAGAAGUGAUGCCUCUCCAUCAAGAUCUGUGUCACCUGCUCAGUCCUCUGGAGCUGCAUCACCUGUUUCUGCUCAGGCCAGGAGGGAGCAGGACAGGAAACACCUGGAUGAUGUCACCGCUGCCAGACUCCCUCCUCUCCACCACAGUCCAGCACAACUUCUGUCUCUGGAAGAGUCGGCUGUCCUCGUGAGAGAACAAACGAAGAAGCACGAGGAGCACCUCUCCAUUGUGUCAUACACCAUCAAAUGUGAGCAUUUGCCCACUCAAGUCAGGUACAACAACAAAUGGCAGUCAGGUGGAGACUCCGAUGAGGAUGAUGAGCAUUCAGAUGAGCUUCCCUGA